AUGAGAAAAAAUGGCCCGUUCGAAGAUGCCCUGGCCGGCAUGGCUGUGUGCGGCUACAACGUGCACUGCCGCAGCGCCGAAUUUCGCCUGCAAUGCACUAAACCAGGGAGAGUAACACCAGCACUCACCACGUCUGCAGCAUGUACAAGUACCUACCCCAACGACUACUUAGGUACAUCCACAAGCGUCAAGGCGUACAGUACAGUGCAGCUCGAAAGCUCUCGCCAUAAGCAUCGUCGGCCAUACUUCACAGGGCUGCAGCCGAACCCCCCGCCCUUGGGCCAAUUCCCAUAUUCUCUGCCGAGUACGGGUCUCCCGCCCCGGCCGCCCUGCCGUCCUGCGGCCCCCCCCUGUAUCUGGGAUGCGGGCAACACGACCCCCCCCAGCAGCCUUGUCCACCAGAACGACGACGACGACGAUAACGACGACGAUAACGACGACGAUAACGACAAAGGCACCAUCUCGGUGCGCCGUGGCACAGCUCCGCCGCCGCGACUGCGACGACGACGACCCCACCCAAACUACAACUGCAACAAUAGCGACAGCGACAGCAACAACAGCGACUGCGACGGCGACGGCUAUUGCGGCAACGAACGCGACAAGCUUCCAGGGCCACCGGCCUAG